AUGGAGUGCACAAGACGAUCAUUGUCAUAUGCAACAUGGCGUCUACGGAUGUUUCGUCAGCUACUGGGCCCUUCACCCGUGCCAUCAUCACGCCGGGACCUCUCGAGCUCACGAAUUCACGCUGAUGAAUCUCCCUCCGAUGCAACAAGUCUUCCGCCAUCAAAGCGCCUACCGCAAUCACCUCUCGUCACACAUCCUCGAUCGAGCCCAAUUAAGUCCCGAAAGAAACUCCCAACUUCAGAAGAUAAUUCUGAGCUGAAGAACAAUCCAUGGGCAGUAGCACUCGCGUCGCCAGUGCGGAUGUGUUCCGUGACAGGAGCCCGCAUACCACGCGACCUACUCGGAGAAUGGGGUCUUGUCCGGAAGCCAGACACAGAGAAUAGCUAUUUGCUCCCUGUGGACUUGAUCAAGGACUCACUACAAGCGCGGCAAGAAGUAAAAUCUGCGGGCGCAGAGAAAACUCCAGACCUAGAUCCAGCGACAGUGGCUGCCGAUGCGACCCUGACAGCGAAGGCGAUUCGCAACGAGAAACCGGGACAGCAGCUCCUACUUCGAAUGAUCAACUCACUGCAAUUGCUCGAAGGGCUCGCGAAGCCGUUGUCUAAGAGUUCCGGGAAGAAGCCGGCUAUUUCAAGACUCCUGCCAUUCCGAUGGAAGCAUCCACUGGGACCGAUUACAUCUCGUGUGGAGAAGCUAGUGCUUUGGAGACCAGGCAUGGCGGAAUAUUUGUUGCAGCAAAGGCGCAGUGACGUUGUGAAAAAGCUGGAAAGGGCUCGGCGGAGGUACACGCGCCUGGAUAUUCCGGGUGGAGCUUGGAAUAUCCUUGACCUCCAGGAAUAUUCCAAUAAUGGGCUGGUGGAUGCCUUGAAACGCCUUGGAUCUUUCGAUCGGAUGGCAUCUGGGGCAGUUCUUUUGCUUACGCCGAUGAGCAAUGGCGAAUCAUGCCCGAUGGCAGUGUUCAACCCAUCGACUCAAAGCGAAGUUCCAGUGUUUGACCUAUCGGCACUUCUGUCUGCUUCUGAUUUGGCAACGCUACGUGAUAUGGAAGCUCCGCAUUUCCGCAAUUCGGCCCUAUUCUUUAGGCCGGAUGAUCGUAUCGGAGUGGAGACCAUACUAGCCCUAUGGAAGCUUCAGCGGUUCAUGAUUGAAACACCGUCUUGA